GUCACACUCUCUCUCUCACGCACUCUUUCUCUCUCUCUCUGUCUCUCAUACACACACGCUCUGUUCAUUCUGAAACUGCAGGGACAUACGCUUCAGCACACACACACACACACACACACACUCUAUCAACCCGUUUUCUUUUCUUUUUUUUCAAUCUUUCCACACCAGCGGCACAUGCUUCUGUCUCCGCUCUGGCUUCUGUACAGUACAGGAUGAAUAUCAUAGACUCCAGAGAGAAAGUAGACGAGAACACAAGGAACUAAAAGAGGAAUUCAGGCUGAAACGAGGAAGGAAAGAUAUUGAGGACUGAUGAAGGAAGUGAGGAAGUGAAACAUUUGGAUUUGACUCAUUUCAUCCAUCUCAUUUCGCUGGUGGAAACGGACUCAAUUAAGGUGAUGAAUCCACUACCUGGCUGACCUGAUUUAUACCUUCAGCAAGGGGAGUGGCAGAGCACUAGACCCCCAACUUCUCCUUAACCCCUACUGGCUUCACGCUCAAGCUUGUGAGCCUCAGAGCCCUGGAUCUCUUGUCUGUCACCUCCCCCUUUUCCUCGGGUCCUUGACGUGGGAGCAGCACCUUAACAGACCGCCCAAUGCUGAGGAGGAACUGUCUGCUGGUAUUCCUGUGCUUUCUCUUUGAGCAGAGCUUCUGCGCUCCUUUCCAGAGCAGGCCAGGGCAAGAGUGGCCCCACGGCCUGUCGGAGCCCUCAGCGGUGGAGAGCAAUGGAGGUUCCAGGGGCUUCCAGAGGGUCAAGAGGGGCUGGGUGUGGAACCAGUUCUUUGUGCUGGAGGAGUACAUGGGCUCGGACCCACAGUAUGUGGGAAAGUUACACACUGACCUGGAUAAAGGGGAUAGCGGAGUGAAGUACACUCUCUCGGGUGAGGGGGCCGGCACCAUCUUCACCAUUGACCAGACCACUGGGGACAUACAUGCUUUACGCAGUCUGGACCGUGAGGAGAGGCCUUACUACACCCUUCGAGCGCAAGCGGUGGAUAUUGACACCAACCGGCCACUGGAACCAGAGUCAGAGUUUGUCAUCAAGGUGCAAGACAUCAACGACAAUGAGCCAAAGUUCCUGGAAGGUCCCUACACUGCUAGCGUACCAGAGAUGUCACCUGUGGGUACAUAUGUGAUGAAGGUGACCGCAACAGAUGCAGAUGACCCCACAUAUGGCAACAGUGCACGAGUGGUUUACAGCAUACUACACGGGCAGCCAUACUUCUCUGUCGACCCCAAGUCAGGAGUAAUCAGGACAGCUCUACCCAACAUGGACCGGGAGGUGAAAGAACUAUAUCAAGUUCUCAUCCAAGCCAAAGACAUGGGCGGCCAGUUAGGUGGUCUGGCAGGGACCACGACCAUCAACAUCACACUGAGCGACGUCAAUGACAACCCACCCAGGUUCUCCAAAAGUAUAUUUCACCUACGUGUACCAGAGUCAUCAGCAGUUGGGUCUGCGGUUGGCCGAAUCAAAGCUCAUGAUCUUGACAUAGGAAAGAACGCUGAGGUGGAAUAUAACAUCGUCCCUGGAGAUGGAGGGGCCAUGUUCGACAUCACCACCAACGAACACAAUCAAGAGGGAAUAAUCAUGCUCAAAAAGCCGCUGGACUAUGAGACCAAAAAAGCCUACACAUUUAAAGUGGAGGCCUCAAAUGUGCACCUGGAUCCACGAUUUCACAGUUUCGGCCCGUUUAAAGACACAGCAACAGUAAAAAUCAACGUUCUGGAUGUGGAUGAGCCUCCUGUCUUUAGUAAACACUCCUACACAAUGGAUGUUUACGAGGAUACACCGCAAGGAACCAUUAUAGGAGCCGUGACUGCACAGGACCUUGACGCAGGAAACAGUCCAGUCAGGUAUUCCAUCGACUGGAAGAGCGAUCUGGACAGUUUCUUCGAUAUUGACCCUGUCAGAGGAACCAUCUCAACCAAUGAGCUUCUGGACAGGGAGAGUAUAGCCCAGCACAACAUUUCUGUCGUGGCUACUAAAGUUAAUAACCCAGUGCUGACCAGUAGAGUGGCCGUCACAGUUCAUGUGCUGGACAUUAAUGAGUUUCCACCAGAGCUCGCCAUGCCUUACGAAACCUUUGUGUGUGAGGGUGCCAAAGUCGGACAGGUGAUUCAGGUCAUCAGUGCAAAAGACCAGGACCUCCCCCAAGCCGGACAAAGAUUUUCCUUCAAAUCUCCUCAAGAGGGAGUGAAGACCAAGAACUUCACCAUCAGAGACUUUGGGAAUAAUACUGCUGGGUUGGUGGCAUUGCGUAGCGGCUUCAAACGGCGCUCUCAAGAGAUCUACCACAUUCCAGUUCUGAUUGAGGAUGGAGGCCUCCAGACCUUGAGCAGUACCAGCACCCUCACCAUUCGUGUGUGCAGCUGUGACGCCAAUGGAUCUUUAUUAACCUGCAGCGCUGAAGCUAUAUUCCUCCCUGUUGGCCUCAGUACCGGAGCCCUGGUCGCUAUUCUGGUGUGCAUUGUCAUACUGCUGGUCAUCGUGGUACUUUACGUGGGCGUACGGCGCCAGAAGAAGAAAGAGACUCUCAUGACAUCCAAAGAGGACAUCCGUGACAACGUCAUCCAUUAUGACGACGAAGGAGGGGGCGAAGAGGACACGCACGCCUUCGACAUGGGCACUCUCCGUAACCCCAAAGUCAUCAAGGAAAAUCUCUUUCGCCGAGACGUUAAGCCCGAGUUGGGUUUGGGUCCGCAGCGCUCAAUAGCCUCGCAGAACAGCGCUGACAUCAGCAACUUCAUCAGUCAGCGACUGCAAGAACACGAUGGCGACACUUCAGCGCCGCCCUACGACUCACUCGCCACGUAUGCCUAUGAAGGCGAGGGCUCUGUGGCGGAGAGUUUAAGUUCUAUAGAGUCUGUUAAGGGUGAAAUAGAGAAGGACUACGAUUACCUCAAUGACUGGGGAGCUCGAUUCAAAACCCUUGCAGAGAUUUUUGGAGAACGAUCAGAGAGCCAUUCGGACGUAACCUCCACCACCACUACCACUGAAAACAAACACUGAUGUUUUUUUACAUUGGUUUUGAAAUAAAUAUAGACAUGUGUUUUUUCAGUUUUGUUUUAUUCUUAUUAUUUUGUAGUUGUUCUUUUUGUUUUGUUUGUUUGCCUUGAUUUCAUACCAGAAUCAACAGAUGAUAAAGGAAUCCAGAUUGAAAUCAGCUGCAAGAAAAUAUUUUCUUCAUCAGUAUUUUUGUUUUGCUUUCCAUACAACAAAUAUCUAAACGUUCUUAUAACAAGAUAAAUUAACUUAAGAAGCAAAAUUGAAUAAGAUGUAAUAUGACAUGUUUUCAGAUUAUAUAUUUUGAAUAAAGUUUGGAAAUCUUUCUAACCCCAA